CAAGCCAUAUCGGAAACAUAUUUUUUUUUGACAACAUGUCCUCUUCCAUCUACUCUUUUAGUAACAUGUACUGUCCUUAGUAAACUUAGUGUCCUGCUGUACUCAAAUUUAGAUCUACUGCGUCUUAGUGCAUGUAUUUUAUAGAUCUACUCCACAAAUAAUACUUUGCAAAUCAGUUAAUCACUGUUAAUGUGAUUAAAAUAAAUUGUUUCCAUACAUUAACAUAAUGGCUUUGACCCCAAAGCAAGUUUUGGGUUUUAAAUGUUGGAAAUACAUUGUGCAUAGCACAUCAAGAUCUGAGACUUUCUACACAUUUAAAAACAUUUUAACGAACCAUUUUACGUAUUCUAGUCUUGUUACCAUUAGACUUAAUUCGGCUUGGCAUGGGAUCACCAUACCCAGUAAAAUUGGCAGGAAACAUGAGCUGCUUCAAACAGUUGCUCCAUGCAGAAUCACUAGAGCUGCAAGCAUUCAAAGCCACAUUGUAGCAGACUUCACUCAAGACCUGAACCUAGAGGAGCUUCGAGCAGAGAGCAAGAAAGACAAGAAUAAUAAAGAUGCACGCACCAUAACAAAGAUCAAAGAGGCCAUUGCCAAGAGGUGUGAUGAAGCCAUCUCUAACCUGAAUGAUGAAAACAAAAAGAAAUUAAAAGUCAUUCAGCUUGAACACAAUUUUUUAUACUCAGAAGGAAACUUUAUUCCAAGCGAAGAAGAAAUGACAAGUGAAAAUUGGCUGGAAGCUUUAAAUUUAUCCACAAAAUCACAGAGACUUAAGUAUUACUUGUUUUUAAUGAAAAAAAUACAGAUUAAAAAAAAUGCAAAGCAAAAGGCAUUAGAAAAGGGAGAUCAAAAAUUUGUGUCUUCAAAUCCUAUGAACAGCUAUGAGCAUGGACACAUAUUUAUGCGAAUUUAUGAAUCUUCAAUGAAAAGGGCAUUAAACUAUAAUCUGGCUAAUGCUAUGCAGUUUGGCCUACCAUUGGUCAUUGAUAUGGACUAUAUGGACUACAUGAAACCUGCUGAGGUGAAGAACACUGUAAAUCAGCUUUUAACUCUUUACUCCAUAAACCGUGCAGACCCAAAAAUGCCAUACCAUUUACAUUUCACAAGUUGCCCAGAGAAUCAUGCCAUGUACAGAAUGUUGCAGAUAGAACUUCAGGAUAAUGAACACUUUCUGGCCACUGUGACAGACAAGAGCUAUCUGGAUGUUUUUGAUAAUGAAAAAUUGGUUUAUUUGUCUCCAGAUGCAAGAGCAAUCAUGAAGAAAUUUGACCCUGAAGCUGUGUACAUCAUUGGUGCUUUCAAUGACAAGGCAACUCAGCAGCCAGUUUCAUUUGCUCGAGCCAAACAACAAGGUAUCAGGGCCAUGAGACUGCCAUUUGAUGAGCAUGUUAGCUGGAACUUAGGUGGCAAAUCUAUUACUUUGAACCAAAUGAUGGAAAUAAUGAGUGGAAUUAAGAAUGGUGUGUCAUGGAAAGAGGCCAUUCAGAGUGCAGUACCAAGACGAAAAAUUCGAAGCUAAUUUGUUGACUUUCUUUUAUCAUUCUUCUGAUUCAAUAUCACUUUUAUAAGUACAAAUAAAAAUAAAAAAACA